AUGAAUGUAGCAAGAGCUGCUCAGAAGUGGCAACUGCGCAAGGGUAUGGUUGUUGUGGUUGCCAGCAACUUUGCCGCGCAACGUGUGGCGGCGGCCUGUGGCUUUCGAGUGCUUUGUGUGCUACCCAGGGCCUUCCAACAUCCCGAGCGGGGCUUGGUGGACACGGUGCUGCUGUUCAAUGACCUGAGCUGCGUCCGGACUCCGAUGGGACGGUAA